AGCAGAGUUCAGCAUUAUCAUUUGCACGUAGUUACCUCCCUUCCUCUCUCACCCUCUCUCAUUUGCUCCGUAUCUUCUUCGCUCCUAAAGCCAGAUUUGCGGUCUUCCUUUGACGUUUUGGACACCUUGCUCUAGACUGACUUUCCAGGCGACUAUGGCCAGCCCAGCUUCCAAGAUUGUUGCCAGCAUAACUGGAGCUGCUGCCGGACUGCUGGCUUCUUAUGGCUAUCAAGGGACCAAUCAGACGAAGGUCUCCAAUUGCCAAGCCGUCGCGACGUCCGCCGACGGCAAUCGAUCGUCGGCCCCGCAGAAGCCCGCGGCUCCCAUCCGGUGCGCCAUCGAGCUCGACGGACUCGAGCUUUUCGAGACCCUCGCCCGGUGAUUAUGACUACUAGUAGCGUCUGGGAGGCUAUGGGACGCACGCUCAGUGAUAACUACUGCUAGCAGCAUCUGGGAGUCGUUGAUCUUUACCAGAGGAAGCGGAGUGAUUUCUUUUCCUAGUUGGACGACAGCGGGAGGGAGCUUUAGAGAAGAGCGGAUAAGAUGGGUGGACCACGAAGAGCGCAUUCGCUUCGGGUGUUGCACGUGAGAUUUGCCCAAAGGCGGAGAUGAGACAGGCGUGGAAGUACAUACACGAGGAGUUCCAAUGAUGAGCUCGGAACGAGCUGCUCAUACAUGGCCAUACAACGUGUUGCUCUUCAGUCGGACCUGGUUCUGCUUCCACAGUGGCCCUGGUCUUCAAUUUUGUAGUUAGGUCGUCCCAUAUGUCUUUUCAUUAUUGGUAAAUCUCAUUUUUCUGUAUUCUUAUCUGAUACAACGUUCGUUUUCUAAUGAAGAGUUUCUUGCAAUAACGAAUCACUGGCGACGUCGCGCUGCCACUGGGCGCGUCGUGCCGCGACCGGCCCGACGCGCUGCCGCGGAGUCGGGCCGUCGUUCUGCAGUCGCAGCGUCAACGCCCCGCUGCGGCAUCGACGCUGCCAUGGCGGCCGCGGCGGCGUCACGCUGUGGCGUCGUCGUCUUUUUGCCGGCUGCGCCGUCCUGCCGCGGCCGUCUCGUAACGCGACCGGGACGACGUCAGCGCGCUGCCGCGGCUGCGCCCCUCCUGGGCCUCGUCGCGCCCUGCCUGGCCCCGUCGCCCUCUGCCCGGCCCCGUCGCCCCCUGCCAGGACGCCGUCGUCCCGCCUGUAAGCGCCGCGCCAUUUAUGGCGCGACGCUGAAGACUCGCCCCGCCCCCAUUCUCCCUUCCUCCUGUCGCAGCUGCUGUCUUCUGCCCGGACGUUGCCACAUCGCCGA